CUGGCCGGGAGGGAGGGCAGGAGGGAGGCCACAGGCAGGCAGGAGGGAGAACAGGUGUCUCAGGAGCACUGCAGACACAAAGGGCCUCUUGUCUCCUCCCCAGCCUGGGAGCAGCCCCCCUCCCUCCUGUCUCAGGCCCAGCCCCGUGUCCAGUGGCCAGGUCAGCCAGAGGAUGCUGGGAAUGAGGAAAGGGCAGUGCCACCUUCCAGACGCCCCCUGCCUCUUGGUGCUUGUUUUUUCUUGAGACAGAGGUGCAACCUGUCCAUCCUGGGAUUGGGCACACUGGCCAUGAGGCCUCUGUGGGUCCAUGUCCUGCUGGAAAUACAGCAAGACCCCUCCCUCCUACUGGGGUGCCCAAGGCCAAAAUGGGAAAAGCACCUGGAGCUUUUGGGAAGAAAGAAGCGCUGAAUAUUGGGAGUGAUAGAAGGAUGUCCAUGAGGAGUCCUGGCUCUGCCCAGCUAGCCCUGGAUGGUGCUGGCACCAUGGUGAACUGUACCGUCAAGUCAGAGGGGAAGAAGGAACUCUGCCAUGAGGCCCCCAAGGGCGCGACAGCCACAGCUGAACCCCAGCCUGGAGACUCAGCCCGGGCCCCGCAGGAUGGUGCAGACCCCCAAGCUCCAGCUCAGGAUUGCAGCUCCCCGGAGAGCAGAGGGUCCCCAGAACCCAGGAGACCAGGAGGCUCUGAGGUGGCCUCUGGAAGCCAGGAGAAGCUGGACUUCAACCGAAAUUUGAAGGCAGUUGUGCCUGCCAUUGAGAAGCUGCUGUCCAGUGACUGGAAGGAGAGAUUUCUGGGAAGGAGCGCUGUGGAAACCAAAGAUGUCAAAGGGACCCAGGAGAGCCUGGCAGAGAAGGAGCUCCAGCUUCUGGUCAUGAUCCACCAGCUGUCCACCCUGCGGGACCAGCUCCUCACGGCCCACUCGGAGCAGAAGAACAUGGCUGCCAUGCUCUUCGAGAAGCAGCAGCAGCAGAUGGAGCUGGCCCGGCAGCAGCAGGAACAGAUUGCUAAGCAGCAACAGCAGCUGAUUCAGCAACAGCAUAAGAUCAACCUCCUUCAACAGCAGAUACAGCAGGUCAACAUGCCUUAUGUCAUGAUCCCGGCCUUCCCCCCGAGCCACCAGCCUCUGCCUGUCACCCCUGACUCCCAGCUGGCUCUGCCCAUUCAGCCUAUCCCCUGCAAGCCAGUGGAGUAUCCGCUGCAGUUGCUGCACAGCCCCCCUGCCCCAGUGGUGAAGAGGCCGGGGGCCAUGGCUGGCCACCACCCCCUGCAGGAGCCCUCCCAGCCCCUGAACCUAACAGCCAAGCCCAAGGCCCCCGAGCUGCCCAACACCUCCAGCUCCCCCAGCCUGAAGAUGAGCAACUGUGGGCCCCGCCCCCCCAGCCAUGGGGCCUCCACGCGGGACCUGCAGUCCAGUCCUCCCAGCCUGCCUCUGGGCUUCCUUGGUGAAGGGGAUGCUGUCACCAAAGCCAUCCAGGAUGCUCGCCAGCUGCUGCACAACCACAGCGGGGCCUUGGAAAGCUCCCCCAACACCCCUUUCCGAAAGGACCUCAUUGGCCUCGACACCUCCCCUACCAAGGAGCGGCUGGAGGAGAACUGUGUGCAUCCCCUGGAGGAGGCCAUGCUGGGCUGCGAUAUGGACGGCUCCCGCCACUUCCCGGAGUCCCGGAACAGCAGCCACAUCAAGAGGCCCAUGAACGCCUUUAUGGUGUGGGCCAAGGACGAGCGGAGAAAGAUCCUUCAAGCCUUCCCUGACAUGCACAACUCUAGUAUCAGCAAGAUCCUUGGCUCCCGCUGGAAGUCCAUGACCAACCAGGAGAAGCAGCCCUACUACGAGGAGCAGGCGAGGCUGAGCAGGCAGCACCUGGAGAAGUACCCUGACUACAAGUACAAGCCACGGCCCAAGCGCACCUGCAUCGUGGAGGGCAAGCGGCUGCGGGUGGGCGAGUACAAGGCCCUGAUGAGGACCCGGCGCCAGGACGCCCGGCAGAGCUACGUGGCCCCCCCCCAGGCUGGCCAGGUGCAGAUGAGCAGCUCGGAUGUCCUGUACCCUCGGGUGGCGGGCAUGCCACUGGCACAGCCCCUGGUGGAGCACUACGUGCCCCGAAGCCUGGACCCCAACAUGCCUGUCAUUGUCAACACCUGCAGCCUGCGGGAGGAGGGCGAGGGCACGGAGGACCGGCACUCGGUGGCCGAUGGCGAGAUGUACCGGUACAGCGAGGACGAGGACUCAGAGGGCGAGGAAAAGAGCGACGGGGAGCUGGUGGUGCUCACAGACUGACCCCGGCCCAGCCGGUGGGCACAGCAGCCCCCCUGGACUCUGUUGGUACUUGGACUUGGCGUGCUCGGGAGCUGGGCAUAGCUGUGCACUUGUAGAUACAUUCAGCAGGGAGGAUGCCCCCUCCCCACCAUACCUGCAGGCACACCUGAGGAGUUAGGGCCUGGGUGGGCAGGGCCUGUAUGGUGGGGAUGGGCUGAGCUGGCUGAGCGCCUUGGCCCUCGGGAUUCAUGGCCAGGCACUGUCUGACCCUUCUCCCCUGCAGAUUUACCCACCCUAGGGCUUGGCAGCUCUCGACCUGCCCCCUGAGGUCACAUGCUUUGUCCUGGCAGGACCAGUCACCAUGGGACCAACACUCCUCCCCCACCCUACCCCAUUCCUCUAUCACCAAGAUCACUUUGGUCCGGCUGUCCCUCACUAUCUAGCUAUCUGCUGCCAAGCCCGUUGUGCCUCUGGCUGCUGCAUGUGUGUGUGUGUACACACGUGCACUUGCGUGUGCAUUUUCAUCUGUUCAUUCAUUGCACAAGAUAUUUAUUGAGUGUCCACUGUGUGCCAGGCGCCGACGCUGAGUUCCUGUGGGUGUGUCCCUUGAUGCCAUUCUUGCUUCUCUGGGGGCCUUUCUCUGCUUCUCUUUGUCCCCAAAUUGCUACCUCUUUGUCAGUCUGGGUGUCUCAGGUUCUGUGCGUCCUGUGUGCGUUUUUCUGUGUCCUUGUCUCUCUGCAGGGCCCUUUAUGUCUCACCCCCCUUUCCUGUCUCCUGCCCCUUAAAUACCCACUGCUCACUCUGGGUCUCUGUAGGCCCCAGGUCCACCCCUGGACCCACCAGCCCUCCCCAUGCCCCCCUCCCCGACUCUGCCAGUCGGUUCCCACAGAGCCAUUUUUAGCUUGGAGCAGCAUGGGAAUGUGCUCAGCCUCUGAGGGGCUCUCUCUGUCCUGAUGGCCCAGCCCUGGCCCCAACCUGAGUGCCAGAAGCCCUGGAGAGUAGGCCGCCCCAGGCCUACUCUCCACCCAUGCAAGCAGGGGUGGGAGGGCUUCCCCUUCUUGGAAGGGCUUGGUGAAGACUCAGGCUUCCUCCCCACCCUCCCUGCCCGCCCCCUCCUGCCUCUGUGUGUGUGUGGGGCCUUGCCUCACUCCUGAUCACAGUUCACCAGUUAAUUGUCCUAAGAAAAUCAAAUCCCAUUGGUAUCUGACUCCAAAGAUCCCGAACAGCCCUUGGGUCAGGGUGGGAAAGGAAUCCCAUGGGGUAUGUAUGGAGUCUGUGCCUGCCCCCCACCUUCUGCCAUUCCCAAGGCCCAACUUCUCUGCAGGCUGUUUCUUUUUUUAUGACUGUAAACAUAGAUAGUGCUUUAUUUUGUUAAUAAUAAGAUAAUGAUGAGUAACUUAACCAGCACAUUUCUCCUGUUUACACUCCGGGAAUUUUUUUGUUUUCUGUUGGCAUAAUAAAGACAGACCAUUUCAGAGUCUGGCCCUUGCACGGGGGAGGGGGGUGGUGUCGGGCCUGGCCCAAGUCCAGAAUUCCGGAAGGAGCAGCCAGCCCAGGCACCACUGCCCUCUGGCGGCAGCUAGAGGGAGCUUCAGGUGUGGGGCCUGGGAGGAAACUUCAGGCAAGGGAGACCCAGACCCAGGGUGGAGGGACCUACCUAGGUGCACACUGAAUGAAUGAGGCCUGCCUUAAGGAUUAAGCCAGACCCCACCCCUGAGUGCUCACCCAAGUCUAAGGAGGGAGGCUCUGGUAAGAGCACUGCAGUAAGUCAGGAAACCUGGGUUCUCCGCAGAGGCAACCACGUGGCGAGGGUGGCGACUGCCAAGGCUCCCCUUUGGGCUUCUUUGGCCUCAUCUGACAACAGGGAGGUUCCCGCUUAGCUUUUGAGAGAAGGAACUCAACCUGCUGCUCUCUCUAAAAGUUAUAGGAAAAGGCUCACUAGGUACCCCAAGCCCCAUUUAAGCCCCCCAAGAUACCAACCCAUGAAAUAUGGUCUCUGUGUGAUCCAGACUCUACCUGUGGCCUUAUACUCUGAAUGAGGAUUUCAGAGACUGCUUACCACACUAGAUAACAGUCCAUCAGCUCCGAAAGAACUGGAAGACAGGCCAAAAUUCUCAAAAUGCAUAUUAUUAACAAGCAAUUUAAAGACAAAUCUUGUGGAUAAAAAAAUUAACCCAUUAGGGCCUCCCCGGUGGCGCAGCAGGUUGAGCGCCGUGCUGUGAAGCUGUCUGCAGCCUCUGCAGCACAGGUUUGAUUCCCAGCUGGCCAGGGAGAAACCCGUGUGGCACGGCAGACCUCUCCUGCCUCACCCACUGCUCCCCUCAGCAGUAUCUUUGGUCCUUCUGCCUGUUCUGUUCCCCGCUCUGUCUCUGGUGAAGCCUCUCACCCUCCCGCGCCUCUGGCCUGUACCCCGGUUCUUGUAUAAAUAAAUAAAUUAACCCAUUAGUAUGGAAUAGGGGCAGCAAAGCCAAUUGGCAAUUCUUGUGAAUAAGUUACACCUGGAUAGGAUUAAUAAAGGUCUGUGUUUUCAACAAGGGAGGUGAAUGGCCAGUGUACGUCAUACAGGCCUGGUUCCGGGUAUAUCAUGCCAGGUCUGGCCCUCAAUAGAAAAGGCCAUUGUCACAGUGGAGUGACCCAGAGGCAGGUAUCCUGCGUAGAAGAGGAUUGGAGGGAGCCCAGCGGUCAUGUCCUCAGAGGAAUGGUUGAAAGGGCCAGGGAUGUUUUGGCCAGAGAACAGGAAACUGGGGUAGGACAGAAAGUACAAGGUCACCUUCAAAGCUGUUGGGUGAGCAAUGUAUAUUCUUUUUUUUUUUUUUAGCUACACUUUAUUU